CAUCGUCACACCGUUCCCCGGCAAUGCAAUCCUCAUCGUCCUCGACGACGACAACAGGCUACAAAGGCAAACUUACAAACAGAUCAUGGCAACAACUACCACCGGAAAUCCUACGCGUGAUCGCGACGUACUACUUGCUCGACGCGUCUGCAUCCAACUAUUGCCCUAAUACAUGGGGCGUGAAAGAUAUAUGGCCGUGCAGGAUAGCUUACACGGUAAUUCGUGACGCGCUCGACUUGGAACGUAUGAUGAAUGUGUGCCCAGCAUGGCACAAAGCUCUCCAAGCCCACUUGUUCUGGACACAUGCCUGUGCUAUUAUGGACCCCAUGGAUAUCCUAGCGCAGCACGCGACCCUAAUCAACAACACAACUUCCGCCGCCACCCAGUCUCAGACACCCUAUCAACAAUUCCGAACCAUGACGUCGUGUUCCUGCUACGUUUGCAGGAUCAACCACCCAUAUUCGAACAGUGGCCUUGGCAUGGGAAAGCGCACGGUAAAUGUGCCACUGCUUGGCACCAUCAUGACCUGCCGCGAUCAUCGCAAGGCAUUGUAUUGUGGCCUUUGUCUUCGCGAGGCGCCUUCGACUGGCGAGGUCAUCACUACGGAAGCUGCAAUCGUUGCUUGUGUCGAAAACGAGGAUAACGACACCUGGCCUAAUGUGGCAACUACUUGUCGUACAUGUAGGGGGGAAUGGCUGUGGCGACGCAUGUACUCAUCAGCAGCAGAUCGAGAAGCAAUGGGGGGUGGGCCACCUCACUGGGCUGUGUCAGACUGGGAGUCCCGCCAGGCUAUCGAUAACUUCGUGGAGAUGGGUGAAGGGACGCUCAUGGAGGUCGUGGAAAUCACUCGCGAAAGGUGGUGGCUCCGACGGUUCACGCGUUUCGUGGAACAGAUGGAGCAAAUGGUCGCUUCUAACCGGCUUCUGAGUGGCGAUGACAAAAGCUUCGAGGAUAUGGCUUCCGCUGAUAUGGAGGACUUCGAGGGUGGGUUGCCUGAUCCCGAACAGGUCCGCGUAAUGGCAGUAAACGAUUGGGCGCGGGUACGAAUCCUGGAUGGGUAUUGGGUCAGCCCUGCCGAUGAUUGGUAUAAUAAUAGACCUGCAUCGGUAUCAACGAUGCAUCCAAUUCCGUGGUCCCUCGAUGACGAACGUAGUGGUCAAACGCACCCGACAGCGCGUACACUCAGAAUGCCCGCCGCUCCGACUUUCACCCUCGCAGACACACUCUACCGCGCUUUCCAAAGGCAGAUGCGCAUUCUCGUUCUUCCCGCUAUGAUGAACAUUGCGAAGCGAAUCGAGAUGGAAGGUCGAGGUGAUCCAGUCGUCCGUGUAUCGCGAAUGGGAAUGGAUGAAGUGCUGCGCACUCUCCAACAAGGCUGGCCAUGGGUCAAAGAGCUAUCAUUCGACGAUCGAGCAGCGGAGCAAAGGGGCAAGGAUCGGGAUGAUGACUCGAGCUCGAGCUCCAAAUCGGAUGGCUCGCAUACCACAAGCCCUGUGCUCAGUACGACAACGCUGCAGACCACGCCAUCGCCACCUCCCAUUCCCAGUCAACUAGAGAAGCACGACUCUGAUUCGGACAGCAAUGUAUUGGGCCCCACCGACGACAUCAUCUCCCUACAGCCCUCAAAAUUAAUGCACUCGAUUCCCUUCGUCCCAGUCUCGCUGGCAAAUAUGCCAAACUACAGCCAAGAGGCUUUCAGAACCGUAUGGCGUGAAGCAUGCACUGAUCUCUAUAAAUGCCGGUGUAGAAUAUGUAUGCGCUCCUCUCUCAGUGCUGCUGCAAUUGCCUCUGUGGAAAGUACCGUCAUCUCUACACAAUCUCCCGUAACCGCACCACAGUCAAAUGUGAACGCACCGGAGAUACAGAUUGAAGAGACCCGCUUUCAGGCUGAGUAUCAGGAGGAGAGGGAAGAGGAAGAGGAAGAUGAGGAAGGAGAAGAAGAAGAAGAGGACGAGGACGAGGACGAGGACGAGGAAGCUGAAGACGAAGACGAAGAUGGGUCGGAAUUUGACUCAGUGAUUGACGAUGCAGAGGUGAAGUACCCUGCGAUAGUCACCCCUCGCAAGCGACCCUCACGAGAACUAGACGAAGAUGACGAAUCCCCUGACGAGGCAUCAGGUGGUGUGAGCCUCUCCAGAGAAAGCGACAAGUCUCGGAUCCUGACACCACCGAAGCGAGCCAGGACUGGUGGCGUAUUCUCUUCAAUCACUGUAGCAGAUACUGUGCCGAGGCUGGAGAAAAGACGCUCUGAGGAGCUGUCAUCUCGGGAGGGGGAGACCAAGAGAGCCCGCAUGAGCCCCGAAGACGAAGACGACGAUGAAGAGGUGCAAGAGAAAUGGCAAGAUGAUCACAGGCUUGAUUCGGUGUCACCUCCUGCGUCUAGCGAGCUGACGAGUAUUGUAACUGGAGCCAACUCGUCUGAGGUUGAAGGGUAUGAGGGUUCACGGAUAUCAGUGCGACUUCCUGUCACGGACAUCAAAUAACAAGUAUUCCUCCUGCUUAUCGAAUGUGAUUUUGUAUAUUUGCUCACCAUUAUCUUCCCUUCGUCAAGUUUGCAAGAUCGCGUCUUGGUUCUAGUUGUACUUGUAUAGGCCCCGUGAAGCUCCUAUGAAGGUUUCCCGGAAAUUUAGUAUAUUUGAGGGCAAAAAUAGGCCAAGUCCUUCCCCAUUUUGUGCACUUCUGGGUUGGAUUUGCGCUAUGUUUCCCGGCUCAGCAUUUUUGUACCCAUUCUAAGUCCAGUCAGGCCUGCAGCAUUUGCCGAUUUUUUUUGUCGAGUGAAUUCGCUCCCUUCGCGAGUCCCACCGAAUCCCACCAGGACCCCUGAAAAUAGGUGGGGAGGGCACAACCCCAGUCCAGUCCGGACAAAAGUGCCCAUCCGCGGAGGUAGGCCUAAGGAACUGGAAAAAUUCAGAAUACUUGUACAAUUUCUGUUGUUGCCUAGCUAUGAUACAUACACUGUGGAUUACUUCUUAUACCUCACUGUUUAAACG